GCGCGUGGCAUGCUGGGAUUUGUAGUCCUCUUGAGGCUCGGACGCCCCCUCGGAUGAAUGGGGCCGGGACUGACGGCGAACUACAGCUCCUCGGCUUCGAGUGUCGGGCGGUGUCCCGGGAGGAGAGUGAGGACCGCGGCGGACCCCGCGGAGAGGGGCGCUCGGGACGGCGGCGAUGUGCGGCGCUGGCUGGCCGGGGGUAGCGGUUUGAUCUAGACGGGCGCUUCCCCUGCGCGCUCGCUCCCCGGGGCCUGCACCGGCCAUGCGCCCGGCCUUCGCGGUGGGCCUGGUGUUCGCGGGCUGCUGCAGCAACGUGGUCUUCCUGGAGCUGCUGGUCCGGAAGCAUCCAGGAUGUGGGAACAUCGUGACAUUUGCACAAUUCUUAUUUAUUGCUAUAGAAGGGUUCUUCUUUGAAGCUGAUUUGGGAAGGAAGCCUCCAGCUAUCCCAAUAAGGUACUAUGCCAUCAUGGUGACCAUGUUCUUCACUGUCAGUGUGGUGAACAACUAUGCCCUCAACCUCAACAUCGCCAUGCCCCUGCAUAUGAUAUUCCGAUCCGGUUCUCUAAUUGCUAGCAUGAUUCUGGGAAUUAUCAUUUUGAAGAAAAGAUACAGCAUUUUCAGAUAUACCUCCAUUGCAUUGGUGUCCACAGGGAUAUUUAUUUGCACCUUCAUGUCAGCAAAACAGGUGACUUCCCAGUCCACCUUGAGUGAGAACGAUGGAUUCCGGGCAUUUGCAUGGUGGUUACUAGGUAUUGGAGCACUGACGUUUGCUCUGCUGAUGUCAGCCAGGAUGGGUAUAUUCCAAGAAACACUAUACAAACAAUUUGGGAAACACUCCAAGGAGGCUUUAUUUUACAAUCACGCCCUUCCACUUCCUGGUUUUAUUUUCUUGGCUUCUGAUAUUUACGACCAUGCAGUUCUGUUCAACAAGUCUGAAUUAUAUCAAGUUCCAGUCAUCAGUGUGACAAUGCCUGUCAUGUGGUUCUACCUCCUCAUGAAUGUCAUCACUCAGUACGUGUGCAUCCGGGGCGUGUUCAUCCUCACAACAGAGUGCGCCUCCCUCACCGUCACGCUCGUUGUAACUCUACGCAAGUUUGUGAGCCUCCUGGUUUCCAUCUGGUACUUCCAGAACCCCUUCACGCGGUGGCACUGGCUGGGCACCUCGUUUGUCUUCUGUGGGACCUUACUGUACACAGAAGUGUGGAACAACCUAGGGACUACAAAAAGUCAGCCACAGAAGGAUGGCAAGAAGGACUGAGGUCCGCCUGCAAGAUGGAGCAGUGUUGCGUGGGGGAGGCCUGCUGGUGGUCUGGCCACCGCGUCACUUGGGUUAAGUGGAAUGACUGCCAGUACUGAAGCAACGUGCUCCAGGGGAAUUCAGAAGUAGAAGGCACAGCCGUG